UAUUAUAGUACCCCGACGGGAUGAGUAAUAAGAGAUGAGACGAGUCUCUUUUGGUCAAGAGAGUCGAAGCGGAAUCCAUAGGGCCGCCCAAACAAGCUGACAUCAAUUUCUGGAGGGUUUGAAAAUUGGAUCCAUACUAGUCCAUGGAGAAGAACACUAGAAGCAUACGAAUCGACUGCCCUAAGCUGUUGAUCACCCGAAAUGAAUCGGAUCUCCAAUGGUUAAUCGGAUCCCCAUUUUUCCCUCCACUCACUAUCAUCUCCACCUUCAGAUGCAUCCAUUCCAAUUCCUCCGGCCCGGAUUUCCCCAAGGAAUCAGAGGAAAUCAGGACACUACUCUUGAAAGGAUUCGAUGUAAUUGGAGCGUUAAUUGUUGGAAAAUCCGAUCCCGAAAAGACAGCGGCGAGGGCUGUUGAAGCUGCUCGGAAAUUGAAGAAACUUUUAACUGGAACAACAAAACUGGAAAAUGAAGAGACGAUCGGAGCUGUUGCUGAUCCGGAUACCGGGGAUAUUCGUUUCUUUUUAUCGGAGACAGAGAGUUCGACGAACUUCGAGUUGGUUAAUCCUGUUUCGUACGGUGAUAAUCCUGAGAAAUUCGUCUGGGAGAGUGGUUGUUUACUACUCUGCCAGCUUCCAAUUAAAUUGCCUGUCUGUUAUCCUGCAAACAAGCCCUCUGAUGCGGAGAGUAUUUUCUCGCGUGCAAUUGAAGCAGUUAUUGCUAAGUUCAAAGACCCAAAUGUUGUGUACCUGGUUAAAGCAUCAAAUAGAGCUUCUUUAGAUGUAGUUCAACCUGUCAUUCUUCGUGGUUCAGAAUUGGGUUUUGAUGCGGCUGUAGCAAACAUUGAGCUUUUGGAUGAAGCUGCUCAAAAUUCUGAGAAAAAGCUUUUACGAUGUGCACACUUUUGUUUAAAAAGUAAAUCUACUUCACAGUUGUUGUCUGCUGAGAAUGCAGAUAUAAUCCAAAUAAGUGUUCUGCUUAAUAGAUCUGAAAAGUCUCCAAAAUGCAGUGCACCUGCUGUAGAAUACUUUCCAGCUAUGGAUGAAACUAGACUUUUGAUUGUGGAUUUCAAGCUAGAAGUACUCUGUUAUGCAGUCCAGGGCAUCCCGUUGAUGCAUGCUAUUUCAAAGUUAAUCAUCCCUGGGUUAAUUGACCAGUUAAUUUCUAUGAAGAAAAUGAACUUGCCUUAUUUGUUAACACAGCAUCCAGAGCUACAUCCAUAUCACUUUUGUCCACCUGGGAUAGCACAUCCAGUAACUGUUAUCUAUGAACUUAAUUAUGGGGAGACUGAAAUGAAGCAAGUUGAUGCUAGAAGAUCCCUACAUCUAAGGCUAGGGUUGCCAUUUGAUCGUCCUCUCUUAAGAAUUGCCAAUUCCCUGGAUUUGUCUAUAAAAUCCCGUUCAAGCAACCUCUCAACAAGAAAAGCAGGCUCUUCUUUGCUUAAAGAUGUGCAUAUCGGGAUUCCUGGCAGUGGGGUCUCUGGAGGCAGUGUUUCUCUAGUUCAAGGUUCUUACGAGUACUAUCAUUAUCUGCAAGAUGGCUUUGAUGAUUCGGGAUGGGGUUGUGCUUACCGCUCUCUUCAGACUAUCAUUUCAUGGUUCAGGCUCCAACAUUAUUCAUCCGUAGAUGUUCCUUCACACAGGGAAAUACAACAGUCACUUGUAGAUAUUGGUGACAAGGAUCCCGCUUUCAUUGGUUCACGGGAAUGGAUCGGUGCAAUUGAAUUGAGCUUUGUUUUGGAUAAACUUUUGGGUGUUAGUUGCAAAGUCAUAAACGUUAGGUCAGGAUCUGAGGUACCUGAAAAAUGUCGAGAACUGGCAUUGCAUUUUGAAACUCAGGGAACACCUAUUAUGAUUGGUGGUGGUGUUCUUGCAUACACCCUUCUAGGAGUGGAUUACAAUGAAGCAACCGGAGAAUGCGCAUUUCUAAUACUAGAUCCCCACUAUGCUGGAAGUGAUGAUGUGAAGAAAAUUGUAAAUGGGGGAUGGUGUGGAUGGAAAAAAUCAGUUAAUAGCAAGGGAAAGAGUUUCUUUUUGCAAGAUAAGUUCUACAAUCUUCUACUUCCGCAAAGGCCUAACAUGGUUUAGUUUUCUGAUUUAUUUAGGUAAACCAAAAGAAGUGAUUAUGAAUUAGCAGCUUCAGAGAUGGGAGAAUUAUGGCUUUAUUACUAAAUGCAAAAGGACCAUAAAUCCAUAAUUUUUCAACACGACUGAAGUUUAAGUUACAGUAACAAUUUUGCUUUGCUCAGACCAUGGACUAUGUCGGAUUCUUGUUCUUUGUCAUUUGUCUAUGCUUUGUAGUUUUCCUUUUUAUAGUUUCUGGUAGAUAGAUAGCUUGUCAUUAAAAAUUUGGAUAAACUACACUUUAAUUAUUUUUUUUGAGUCAAUUAAUUACGAAAAGUUACAAAA